AUGACGGCAACAACUCGUAGAUGGGCGUGGGCGGCGGUGUUCCUGGCUCUCGCGGGCGUGGUCAGGGCCGCCCCCUCGGACCCCUUGCAGCAGGAGGACUUCGAGAUCGUCGAGGAGUCGGCUGCAGGAGAGCGAGACGAGAAGUUCUUCGUGGCCAUUCUGAAAAUUUCCCCCGACCAAUGCACGACAAACGACGCCACGCGAACCCUCGGCACCUGCCUCCCCGCCACCGACUGCACCAGCACCUCAGGAGUGUCGUCGGGGAGCUGCGCAAAGGGCUUCGGCGCCUGCUGCAUCGCCCAACGUACCUGCUCCCAAAGCACGAGUUACAACAACACUUACUUCGUGAACCCCGGAUACACCGGUUCAGAUACAGGAACCGGCGCCUGUAUGUUGACAGUCAAUCGCGUAAACAACAACAUCUGUCAAGUGCGCCUCGAUUUCCUGGACUUCGAAUUAGAACAGCCUGACGUCGAUGGCAACUGCAACGUGGAUUUCUUGACCGUGACUGGAGGAACUUCCACCGUGCCCAGGGUCUGCGGCUCCAACACGGGCCAGCAUAUGUACGUCGACGUUGACCCCAACGGCGGUGCCCUUAAGGUCACUGUUGACAGGUCGGCCGCCUCGACUGUCAACCGAUCCUGGAACAUCAAGGUCACGCAGAUCGCUUGCAACUCGCAGUAUAGAGGUGAGGAGGGUAACAUUUAG